UGGACGUACGUAUGUGUGCAGUGUCUACAUCUAGCGAUGUCAGGCAGGUAAUAAUCAGGACGGGGCGGGGCGCCAAGACGUGAUGGACGCGUUGCUAAUCCGUCGCGUGUCCUGACGUCAAGUUUGUGUCAACACGCGUGGAUUUAUUUAGCGUGUGUAUGUGUAGUUCAAGUGCGUGGAUACUUCUUUUUAUUCUUCACGUGUGUGCCAGGUUACUGCAAGAAAGGGGGAAACAUGGCUGCCAUCAUACUAUCGUUCGCUCGAAGGUGAACUAAGGUAUCCGUGGCCUUUGCUUCGCCUCCCGGACACGGCACGGACACAGACGAUAUGGACACAGUAUGGCCUCAGCGUACUGGCACAACUCAGGGAGAAGUCUGGUUCUGCCGAUACUGUACUUGCUCGCCAUCUUACUUCAAGUUACUACUGUGCGCACAGCAACAAUCAGCGCAUCAUUAGACUUCACGCCCGGACCUGCAUCCAGGGGCUCGGCCCCUUUGUUGGGCCCUUUUCCUACUAAAGCUCCAAAGUGUGACCGUACGUUUGUGAGUCGUCCGGGCGGCACUCAGAACGGAACGUUCACCGCGCCCACGUUCGUAAAUCCCGCUGGACAUUCUCGUCAGUGCAUCUACACGUUUCUGGCUGGACAGAGGCAACGUGUUGAGCUGUUUUUCACAUCUUUCAACCUCCGAGGCACCCCACCGGAUGGAACAACAGCGGGAGUGUUGCCUGCGUGUAUCCACGAAUAUAUGGACAUGUACUCGGAAGUGCAGCAGCCGGACACAUCAGAACUCAUUAAUUCACCAUUUGGAGGGCGCUACUGUGGCCUAAUCCCACCUCGGCGUCGCAUCUCCCUCUAUCGGGCCCUGGCACUUGGUUUUUAUACUGACAAGAAUGCCAGCCAUCCUGAACUUUUUAGUGGAAUAUAUGCUUUCAUUAAUGAUUCCACUUAUGAGAUUGGUACCCCAGUGCCAAACACACCCUGCAGUUUCAAAGUCCAUGCAGCCAACAAGAAGCAGGGUGUGAUUGUUUCACCAACAUACCCAGGAGCAUAUCCAAAGGAUCUGAGCUGUAGUUACCAGUUCAUGGGUCUCACAGGGCAGAGAAUUCGGAUAGAAUUCCGAGACUUUGACCUUUUCUUUGGAGGACCCCACUGUCCUUUUGACUAUGUAAAAGUUUAUGAUGGACCAGACAAUGAAUCAGCAGUCAUAGGUACUUACUGUGGCCAGCAACGCAAUUUGGUGCUAUACUCAUCAGAAUCCUCACUGCUUGUGACAUUUGUUACAAUUCCAAGAACUGCCAACACACAAAAUCGUGGUUUUAAAGGAAUAUUUGAAUUCAGUGAAAGUUUUGUCAAAUUAGAUUUCAUUGUGAAAAAUGAUGGAGAGCAUAUCCGUGGUUCUGAAUGUGAUCAGAAGAUCCUAAGUAAAAAAGAGUCAAGCGGUACAGUGUAUAGCCCCAACUGGCCUUUUCCAUACAUACCAAAGAUUGUGUGUCGUUAUUUUGUAUAUGGCAUGCAGGACUCACAGCAUCUAGAACGUGUACGCCUUGUGUUUGGACUAUUAGAUAUCUCUAAAGGGAAUCCAAAAGAGGGAAUAGACUGUCCAGAUGGUUACUUGAAAAUAUACUUGAAAGGCCAGGAGACAACAGAUUCAUAUGAUAAGUUUGACCAUGAGAUGUGUGGAGAAAAGAAGCAACCUUUUGUUGUUGUGUCAGAUGGACCCCGCCUUGUCAUGGUGUUCAGCAGUGGUGAGCUUCAGGGACGAGGUUUCAAGGCAAAUUACACCUUUGAAACAGAGUAUCGUAUUCCUGGCACUGCUGCACCUGACGGCACCUGCAAUUUCACUUACCGGAGUGGAAGUAGAAAGAAAGGGGAAUUUAAUUCACCGCGUUAUCCCUCCAACUACCCCAGUGAAACCAACUGUACAUACCUCUUUGUGCCAACACCUAAUGAGCAGGUCACAGUUGUGUUCGACCAUUUCAGGGUCCGAGCAGAUAGUGCAAAUAGCACAAAUGGUUCGUAUGGGGUUUCAAUAUGUCAGGAGGACUGGCUUGAAAUGUACAAUACAUACAAGGAUGGUACAGAAAAGCUGGUUGGCCGGUACUGUGGUAUGACAGCUCCAGGUCCCAUUGAAUCAAAUCGAGGAGCAUCUGGUGUGAAAAUCAUUUUGCACUCAGAUCAGGAAGGCGUGUUUAGUGGCUUUAAGGCCCAUUAUACAUUUGAGAGUGUGAAGUCCAUAUUCGGAGACUGUGGAAGCAACGUUAGUAGUGCAGAGUCCGGGGUUAUAUCCAGCCCAAAUUUUCCCCAAAAUUAUGAUGGCCCUGUGCGGGGACUUGCAAGCAAAACUUGCAAUUGGUAUAUCAUUGUCCGGCAAAAACACAAAAUUCUGCUCAACUUUGAUUUCUUUGCUGUUGAGGGUGAACCAACAGCGCGUGGCUGCCCAGCAGCAGUUGUUCGGCUCUGGCACACAAUUGAGGGGCCACCUUUAGAACUGUGUGGGGAGAAGCCAUUGACCGAAAAAUGGCAGUACUUGUCUGAAGGCAAUUCAAUGCGAAUUAGUUUCAUUUCUGCUGACAAGUCAGUGGGAGCACAGGGUUUUCGUGCAAUUUGGACAGAAGUGAGUGAGGGACCUGAUUGUGAACAAUUCACUUGUGUCAAAAGUAACUUCUGCAUCUCCAAGAAGCUUAUGUGUAAUAGAAUGGAAAACUGUGGUGCUGAUGACCAAUCUGAUGAAAUGAACUGUAUAGUGGAGGUUCCAGUUGACCCAUUCAAACUUUUGGGUGUUGCAUUAUGUGUGGGCGGUGUGUUAGCCUUGGGUUUAUGUGUGUGGUGUCAUCGCAAGCAUCAACGCAGGCGGCGACAAUUAGCUCGUCUCCGGCGCAACACCAUAGGGUCUAGCCGACGCCAGCUCAGUACUGGUAGUUCCAACAGAAGACAACAUGUAUGCGAUGAGCUGGGUGAACGGUUUGCCAGUGUUGACAGCGUCUGAUAGUAGGAAGAGACAUGAAAGCAUUUGAGGUUACAUAUGAUGCAUGGAUUUUGGUUCCUUGCACAGAAGUACAGAAUAAAUAGACUCAUUUGUUAUGUACUAACAGAAUUUUCAGUGAAAGGACAAAGGAUAUAUACUUUGAAAACAGAAGGAUUUUGUUAGCAUUUAACAAACUAUACCAAAGUGCAACGAGUGAUCCCACAAGCGAACAAAUUAAUAUUAUGUGGGUCAUAAUGUGGAAUUCAUGAACUGUAUUGUAAAACUUGCUAGAAACAAAUUAGUAAUAUUUAUAAAAUACUCAAGCUCACAUAUGAAGGACAUGAACUUGGUAGAAAAUUAAUGUUUUAAGAAAUACUUUUUGGACUGCAGUUUUUUGUGUGGGAGCAUAGGAUUGAAAAGUUUGCCAUAAGAAUCCUGUUAAGGUGCCAGAAUUUGCUAGUACUCAAUUAACAAAGCUCACAUUUCUUGGGGGUUGUAUACAUAAAUUUAGAGUCAAGCACUGGAAGCAGUACAUUCAAGUAUUUUUCCUUUAAUUUGAACAUUGGUUAUGGUAUUAAUAUAAAACAAACUAUUUAUUAUGGAAGGAAGAACAGUAUGUUUCUGCAAAGCUUUUAUGAACUUGGGUAAUUACCUGCCUAACACAGGAUCCUUUACACCUUGCUUGAAAUUAGUUACUUUUCAGUUUAAGGGAAAUAAAUAAAAAAAAUAUUGUGAUGUUAUUACCAAAUUGGCUCCUUCCAAUGCUUGAUUAUGCAAUGUAUCAGCACUUUAAUAAACAUUUCUGGAUGCAAGUUUUAAUGACCGAUGUCUGUUAUCAAGGCAUGCAAGUGUGUGAAAGGAUCAACAAAAAUCUUUUGAGAAUUUGCCAAUUAUUGUAAGUUGCCUGGAAAGGGGUGCUCUUCUCUGAAAAAAAUUAUUUUAAAAUAUAACUCAAAUCUGUAGGUAUAGAAGGAUUAGUGUGAUUUCAACACUAAUGAACUAAAAAUAUAAUACUAAUACUACUAUUACUACUACUACUACUACUACUACUACUACUCCUACUCC